UUGGUCUGGAGUGUUUGACUGGUCUGCCACCACACAACCCCGAUGACAGAGAUGGAGAUCUAAGGGUGCAGCACAUAGAGAAAUUGAGAGAUAAAAUACAGGAUAUUUGGCUGGCAAGAGACGAUAUUGGACCUGACGCUGAAACUGUUUUACAGCUAUGCAUCCAAUGUAUUGCUAGUCCAAGUAAAAAGAAUAUAUCUUCUGCAGAGAUCUGUCAGAAAUUGCAGGUUCUUCUUCAACAUCAAAGAAUCUACAGCUGGGAUAGAAAAAACAAAUUGGAACACAAAUGUGAAAUAUGUUUGAUAAAUCCUGCAGUUGCAGAUGAUGUGUUAACGCACAAGGCAAACUGCCUUUGCAAUAUAGCAGUAUGUAUUGCUUGUAUCAGAAAUUCAUACGUCAACAACAUCAAAUGCCAUUCUUGUGAUGCAGACAUAUUUCCAACAAUUGGACAUUUCUGGGCAGCACUACUUAUAAUUGGAAAUGACGUGAAAGACAGUGAAGUUGCGAGAGUUUUCAAGAAAGAUAUCAUGGAAGUAUACAGACUGAUCGUAUCAAUGUGUCCUCGAAUAAUGGGAAUAAGACCAGAAAACGUAUUUGUUGUUGAAGCAAAAUCACCUGGCCAGAAGGGAGACCUGAAGUCAAAGCUUGAAUCUGCUGUAGAGCAAAUGUCAAAGACAGACAAAACUCAGACAGUAUUGGUAUAUUAUUCCGGACACAGUGAUAAAAAUGGUUUAGAUUUAGAGAAUGAUCAGGUUUAUGUUACUGGAAAUGAAUUUAGCACUUACAUGAAAAGAAUUGUCACCUCCAGAAAUACAGCAACAGACUCGAUAGAGUUUAAAAAUGCUGUAUCACCUGCAGUUAGUCCAAAACGAUUCAUUUGUUUCCUCGAUUGCUGUCACCCCCCAAAUUUAACAAGCUUGCAUGAUCCCUGUGUAUGUGUUAUCCAGGUAAAUGCUUGCAGAUCUCAGCGUCAGUCAAUGGUAGAAGCAAAUGGCAGUGUUUUUACAAAAUUCUUCAUUCAAGCAUUAACUCAGUCAGCACAUGGGAAAGAAUGCAUUGAUGAUCAGUGUGAUUGUACACCAAUAAAAGGAAACUUUAUAACAGUUGAGCAGUUGGUUGAGUACAUGAGGUACCAUAUGAAAAGAUACCAAAGGAAAAGAAAUAUUGAGACGUACAAUGCACCGGAGAAACAUGAAAUGCAUGUGACUUCACAUGAUGAAAAAAUUGCUUAUAAUAUAGAUUUCCUUGUGCAACUAGAAUUCCGAUUCAAAGAUCCAGAUAGUGGUGGUGACAUGAUCAAGAAGAGGAUCAAGCCUCACUUCAUUUCAGAUAUGCAGGGUUUGUCAAGGAUUUUGUUUGCAACUUUCAUUGAGAAGAAGUUCCCAGCUUUGUCCUUUGACGAGACAGACUUAAAUGUUUACCAAGACUGUAUAUGUGUCGAAAUUGACAAAGGACCAAAGGAGACUGAAGAGUUGGAUACCAUAGAAAAAGUGAUGAAAGCAUGGAAUGCGAGAAGAGAUUUAGCUGUUUCACUACGGCGUUUAUCCAGUAUCAAGAGAGGAAUGGUCCUAUUGAAUUUACACCCAGUAAAAAUACAACAGUUCCUGGAGAACAUUUGUAUUGCCAGCCUAAAGGUAUGCAGUGUUCCAUCCAACUUUAGUUUCACGAUUCCCUUUGCUGACAUUCCAGAAUUAAAACGUAAAAUAGGACGAAAACCAGGGGGUGAACUAAAAGUGUUUAGAGAUCAUCUUUCAGAUAUUAUGAAUGCUUGCAGGUUAGAGGAGAAUGAGGAUGCACUGUUCGCAAUUAUCCUCCCGAAUCCUGAAGACAAAAGAAAACUUCCAUUUGUAUGUUACAAGAUGACAAUAAUCAAGAAAUUGCAGCAAGAGGGACCAACAGGGAUUGGGCGAUCCAUUGAUACUGAAAAUGAAGGUGUAGCUGAAACGGUACCUAAACAAGUUUAUAAUACUUCAACCACACCUCCGAGAUAUGAGACCAGCACAAAUAAUGAAAUGAAUACCCACUCUGGGAAUAAAAAUACUACAGACAGGGGAGUAGUACAACAAUCAGUAGGAAAGGGUAAUUAUAUCUCUUCAAACUAUUUAUGAUCCCAAUAUAUGAGGGAGAUAUGUAGAUUUUGUCCUGUCCAUUUGUCUGUAAUCACUCACUGAACUGCUCGUCUUAAACUACUGCUUACAUUUCAUCCAAAUUUGUAGGAAUGCUCAGUAUCAUCGCAAAUAUUGUGUAUCG